AUGUCACUCUCCGACGACGUCGAGCAUCCCAAGAGGGAAGACAUCGAAACCUUCAAUCACGAAUGGACUCUCGACGACGAACAAAAUGAAAAAGAGAGAAACUUGGAGCAGGGCACCAACUUCAUCAACAGAAUCGGAUUGAAGUUGAAUGCAGAGAUUAGAGGUAUUGAAAGAGUACCAGAAAGCAAGAGAGUGGAUAAGUCGUGGUUGUCACCACUAACAAUGUUCUUGUCUCCCAAUUUGUCUAUUUCAGCCUUGAGUACUGGUAUGUUGGGACCAACCUACUUUGCCCUUGACUUCCGGACUUGUGUCCUUUGUAUUGUAUUCAUUAGUAUUCUUGGCUCUCUUCCGGUGGGCUAUUUCGCUGUUUUCGGUUCCAAAUUUGGCCUCCGUCAACAGAUCUUGUCUCGUUAUUUCACUGGAAAUAUUAUGGGCAGAGUUUUUGCAUUGUUUAAUGUAAUUUCGUGCAUUGGUUGGAAUGCAAUUAACAUCCUUCCAGCUGUGCAGAUGUUAGUUUCGUUAGGUCCACUUCCUGCGUGGGCAGGAUGCUUAAUUUUUGUGGUUAUCACCUCUACUUUGGCUUUCUUUGGCUACAAGACUAUUCAUUUGUAUGAAAGAUGGUGCUGGAUCCCAAAUCUUGUCGUUUACUUCGUGAUAAUUGCGAGGUUGACCAUUUCUCACAAGUUCCAGUGGGGCACAAUGGAAACAGGAAAAGCAGAAGCUGGCAAUGUUCUCACAUUUAUUACCACAAUUUUCGGAUUUGUGGCUGGCUGGUCUCCUUCGGCGGCUGACUACUUUGUCUACAUGCCCAGUGACACACUGCCAUGGAAGAUUUUUUUCUGCAUGGUGGCAGGCUUGAGUUUGCCUUCUAUCUUUUCAUUAACUUUGGGUGCAGCUUGUGCGAUGGGUACCUUCAGUGAUCCCAAGUGGAGUGAAGCCUUCAACCAAAAUUCGGUGGGUGGAGUAGUUAACGAGAUUUUGGUGGUUGAUAGUCUUCAUGGAUUUGGAAAGUUUUGCGUGGUAGUAUUGUCAUUAUCUGCGAUUGCCAAUAAUUUGCCAGGAUCGUACUCUUUGGCGUUGUCUGCACAGGCCAUUUGGUCUCCAUUGGCUAAGUUUCCACGUUUGGGGUGGUGCGUGAUUGGUAAUUUCGUGUCCUUGGCACUUGCUAUUCCAGCUUAUUAUGUGUUUGAGCAGACCAUGAGCAACUUUUUGAGUAUUAUUGGUUACAACGUGUCGAUUUACCUUGGAAUCACCAUUGCCGAACACUGGCUUUACAGAAAAGGUUUUAAAGGCUACGAUGUCACCAACUUCGACGACAGAUCUACGUUGCCUGUAGGAAUAGCUGGUGUUGUUGGGUUUCUUUUCGGAGUCGCCUCAACUGUUCUUUCUAUGAACCAGACAUGGUACCAGGGUGUGAUCGCAAAGAAAUUCAGUGAAGCUGGUGGAGAUAUCUCGUUUGAGCUCAACAUUAUUUUUGCCUUCAUUGGGUACAAUUUGGUGCGUCCUUUCGAAAUAAAGUAUUUUGGUCGGUGA